CAUGGCAGCUGUCGACAUCCCAAAGUCGUUCGGAGCGCUGCUCAUAGGAGGUCUUUAUGCGUCCUGACUCUCCGGUCUCGUCGCCGUCCAAGUUGUCGUCUACCUCAAGAUCUUCCCCAGCGACCCGCCGCGAGUGAAGGCUCUGGUCCUCGUCGUAUGGCUCCUUGACGCAUGCCACACGGGUUUUAUCUGGUCGGCGCUCUGGAGUUACCUGGUAGACAACUACGCAGAUGUUGAGGGUAUAGACAUCAUCCAUUGGAACAUCGCGUUGACGAUCGUCGCCACCGCCAUUCUCACUUUCUUUGUCCAUCGAUUCUUCGCCCACCGCAUCUUCAUGGUGAGUAGGAGGAAUUAUUGGCUGACGGCGUCAAUGGUGGCGUUGGCGAUUCUUCGACUUGUGUCGGCCUCAGUAACCACCGGCGAGAGGUUGCGCCUUGGAACGUUCUCGCAAUUCAAACACGAAAUACGGUGGGUAUUCACUACAGGCCUUGCGCUCUCGACAUCCGUCGACAUCCUCAUCACAGCGUCCUUAUUCGCCCUUCUCCAUACGAGUCGUACUGGGGCUGCAAGUUUGAACGCAGUUAUCGACUCGUUGAUUUGGUACGCGUUUGAGACGGGGGCUUUGACUUGCGCAGGAACUGUAGUCUCGAUGAUCUGGUGGCUGGCGAUGCCGAACAACCUGAUCUUUAUGGGCCUCCACUUCGUUAUCGGAAAAGUCUACGCUAAUUCGCUGCUCGUUAGGCUGAAUACUCGGGAACGAAUCCGACGUGCUCGCUCUCAAGGCUCCGGAGAGUACGCCGCUCCAGUGCAUAUCCUCGAAAGUCGUCGCCGGCAGACGAGUAGCUCAUACCAGCUCGCUAUUGAGUAUUCGCCGGAGGACUCGAAAAAACACACUAAGAGUCAAAUUGAGGUUAACGUCGAAAGGAGUGUUCAGUAUGAUUA